CGUGCGCCUGCGCAGUGGUUCUCUCUGUAUCCCGUUUUCAGGAGAAUGCUACAAACGAGAGGCUAAUGCCGCCAAUGUUGUUCUCACGUUUUCCCAUGGGAGAUGUAAGUUUAUGUCAGCUAGCUAACGGGGCUACCGCUAACUUUAACCUUAUCUGGUACACUUGCUUUGUAUGUUCUCUAGCGGUAGUUUAACAUAACGGCCCGCCUGUCGCCCGGUUCGAGUGUGUGCGUUGUGUCGGGGGCAGAAGGAUGAACGCGUCGCUCUCUAACGGCUUUCUGCUGAACGAUGUUCUCCAGGAGGGCUUCACUGAGCAGCAGCUAUCAACCUAUGUGGUUUGGGUGAACAGCCAGCUGAAGAGGCGACCAGGCCUGAAGCCCAUCACAGACCUCAGAGUCGACCUGCAGGAUGGAGUGGUGUUAUCACACCUGGUGGAGAUAGUGGCGGGGGAGGUGUUGGACGGGGUAUAUGAGGCUCCUAAGGACCGAGAGGAGAGCAGGGAGAACGUGGAGCGAGUCCUGAACUUCAUCACCUCCAGACGGAUACGCAUGCCUCACACCUCUGCUCGGGAUGUAGUAGAAGGGGAUCUGAAGUCAGUGAUGAGAUUGAUUUUGGCUCUAGCCGCCCACUUCAAACCAUCAGCCAAUCAGAGAGCAGCGUCCAGGGGUGGGCGGAGCAUGGCGGGAGCCGCAGCCAACCACAGGCCGCUCUCCACAGUUGCCAUGGCGCAGAGCGCAGCGACAGCAUUGGCAGCCGCACGACACGACGCAGAGAGAACAGCUAGUGGUUGGGGUAUGCUUGUAGAUGAGGAUGGAGGUGUGUGUGUUCGUGCUCUGGUCCAGCACUACGAGAGAGGACCACCAGACAAUCCUGACACAACACCAAGCAGUUCACCCAGAGCCCCGCCCACCAGCCAAUCAGACAACAGAGAGCCGGAGGAAAGCCAACCAGAGAGAAGCACUAAGGCAUGUUGGGAGAGUCCUCUGACUGAGAGCCUGGAGAGAGAGAUGCAGGAGACACGGAGAAUGGUGUCAGCUCUACAGGCCCUGUUACUUCAUGGGUCUCUGCCAGAUGAUGAGCAGGAGAAGUUGAAUCUGACUCUGGGAGAAGAUAACACUGAACAACAACUGGUGGUCAUUCGUAGUCAUCUAGAUCAGAGUAUGGAGGAGACCCAGGAGCUGAAGAGAGAGCUGUUGCGUUGUAAACAGGAGGUACGGACCCUGCGUGGAGUCAAGGAGGCACAGCAGCAAAGAUUGUUUGCCCAGGAGGAGUGUAUGUUGCAGCUUAAACAGGAGCAGCUCAGAGCCAGCAUGACCCAGGACCAACUCACCAGCCUCAACGCGGAGCUACAGAGGAAGUUGGAUGAGAGGAGCAGGUUGCUGAGUGAGUGCAAGAAGGAACUUGGACAGAAGGACCGACUGCUGCAGCAGCACAAACACAAACUGGAGGAGAGCCAGCUGCAGAAGGCUGGCUUGCAGAGAGAGCUGGAGUGUAAAGACAACAUGUUGCAGGAGAUGAUGAGUCGUCAUGGUGACCAGGCCCCGCCCCACCUCACGGCCACACCCCUUCCCUCUGGGGCUGAGGAGCUGCAGCUGGUGCGGUCAGCGUUGAGGAGUCUGAGAGGAGUGUUACGAGAGCAGGAUCCUCAACACCACACACUGGAUACACUGGAGCAGAGCAUCACGUCACUGACCGACAGACUGACACACACACACCAGGGGAGGGGAACGUCUUCAGGAUGCAUCACACACCACCAGCACGACUCCAGGCCUCCAAGCAAGAUGGCCCACUCCUACAGUAGUCCAUUGCUGAGCUCGUGUGGUUCCACUAAGGUCCUCUACUUUACAGACCACUCACACACACCCUGCAUGAGCCACAUCAACAAGAGGUUGGGGAAAGUAACUCUGAGAGAUGUGAAGACGGCAGUAGACAGAGAUGACAACCACAGAUUCCACUUCAAAGCCCUCGACCCCGAGUUUGGUACCGUCAAAGAAGAGGUAUUUGAAGACGAGGCGUUGGUUCCAGGCUGGGAGGGGAAGAUAGUGGCCUGGGUGGAGGAGGACAACGGAGAGGAGAGGAUUAAAGGCCCUAGCUGCUGAGGAACUGAAGGCCCUAGCUGCUGAGGAACUGAAGGCCCUAGCUGCUGAGGAACUAAAGGCCCUAGCUGCUGAGGAACUAAAGGCCCUAGCUGCUGAGGAACUGAAGGCCCUAGCUGCUGAGGAACUGAAGGCCCUAGCUGCUGAGGAACUGAAGGCCCUAGCUGCUGAGGAACUAAAGGCCCUAGCUGCUGAGGAACUGAAGGCCCUAGCUGCUGAGGAACUAAAGGCCCUAGCUGCUGAGGAACUAAAGGCCCUAGCUGCUGAGGAACUAAAGGCCCUAGCUGCUGAGGAACUGAAGGCCCUAGCUGCUGAGGAACUGAAGGCCCUAGCUGCUGAGGAACUAAAGGCCCUAGCUGCUGAGGAACUGAAGGCCCUAGCUGCUGAGGAACUAAAGGCCCUAGCUGCUGAGGAACUAAAGGCCCUAGCUGCUGAGGAACUGAAGGCCCUAGCUGCUGAGGAACUAAAGGCCCUAGCUGCUGAGGAACUGAAGGCCCUAGCUGCUGAGGAACUGAAGGCCCUAGCUGCUGAGGAACUAAAGGCCCUAGCUGCUGAGGAACUGAAGGCCCUAGCUGCUGAGGAACUGAAGGCCCUAGCUGCUGAGGAACUAAAGGCCCUAGCUGCUGAGGAACUGAAGGCCCUACAGUUGAAGUCGGAAGUUUACAUACACUUAGGUUGGAGUCAUUAAAACUCGUUUUUCAACCACUCCACAAAUGUAUUGUUAAUUUGGCAGGUCGGUUAGGACAUCUACUUUGUGCAUGAUACAAGUAAUGUUUCCAACAAUUGUUUACAGACAGAUCAUUUCACUUAUAAUUCACUGUAUCACAAUUCCAGUUGGUCAGAAGUUUACAUACACUAAGUUGACUGUGCCUUUAAACGGCUUGGAAAAUUUCAGAAAAUUAUGUCAUGGCUUUAGAAGCUUCUGAUAGGCUAAUUGACAUCAUUUGAGUCAAAUGGAGGUGUACCUGUGGAUGUAUUUCAAGGCCGACCUUCAAACUCAGUGCAUCUUUGCUUGACAUCAUGGGGAAAUCAAAAGAAGACCUCAGAAAAAAAAUUGUAGACCUCCACAAGUCUGGUUCAUCCUUGGGAUCAAUUUCCAAAUGCCUGAAGGUACCACGUUCAUCUGUACAAACAAUAGUACGCAAGUAUAAACACCAUGGGACCACGCAGCCGUCAUACCGCUCAGGAAGGAGACGCGUUCUGUCUCCUAGAGAUUAAUGUACUUUGGUGCACAAAGUGCAAAUCAAUACCAGAACAACAGCAAAGGACCUUGUGAAGAUAUUGGAGGAAACAGGUACAAAAGUAUCUAUAUCCACAGUAAUACGAGUCCUAUAUCGACAUAACCUGAAAGGCCGCUCAGCAAGGAAGAAGCCACUGCUCCAAAACCGCCAUAAAAAAGCCAGACUACGGUUUGCAACGGAACAUGGGGACAAAGAUCGUACUUUUUGGAGAAAUGUCCCCUGGUCUGAUGAAACAAAAAUGUAACUGUUUGGCCAUAAUGACCAUCAAAAAAGGUGGACGCUUGCAAGCCGAAGAACACCAUCCCAACUGUGAAGCACGGGGGUGGCAGCAUUAUGUUGUGGGGGUGCUUUGCUACAGGAAGGACUGGUGCACUUCACAAAAUAGAUGGUGACAUGAGAAAGGAAAAUUAUGUGGAUAUAUUGAAGCAACAUGGGUCUUCCAAAUGGACAAUGACCCCAAGCAUACUUCCAAAGUUGUGGCAAAAUGGCUUAAGGACAACAAAGUCAAGUUAUUGGAGUGGCCAUCACAAAGCCCUGACCUCAUUCCCAUAGAAUCGUUGUGGGCAGAAUUGAAAAAGCGUGUGCGAGCAAGGAGGCCUACAAACCUGACUCAGUUACACCAGCUCUGUCAGGAGGAAUGGGCCAAAAUUAACCCAACUUAUUGUAGGAAGCUUGUGGAAGGCUACCUGAAAUGUUUGACCCAAGUUAAACAAUUUAAAGGCAAUGCUACCAAAUACUAAUUGAGUGUAUGUAAACUUCUGACCCACUGGGAAUGUGAUGGAAGAAAUAAAAGCUGAAAUAAAUAAUUCUCUACUAUUAUUCUGACAUUUCGCAUUCUUAAAAUAAAGUGGUGAUUCUAA